CCAACUAGCUAGGUAGCUGUUACAUAGCUCCCAUCAGCGCCAAAGCACCACCAAAAAAAGCCACUGUUCACGGCUCUUCCCGCUCAACAUCUGUCGAACCAUCCGUCAUAGCUGACCUUUGAUACGUACUAGAGUACACCUGCAUUUACAUCUCGUGUGGAGAGCUAUCUGUUCAGUCAAGACGGAAAUGUCUAGUCAACAACCUCAACACUCUCCCGGAACCCCUGAUCCUCACUGCCCUACAACAACAACAACCUUCUCGCUACCACUCCGCCCACGCCUUUCCGGCGCCCAAAGCACAAUGGCCGUCCAUCUUGAACCAGAGCACCAACAGACCACAUCUCUCCCUCUGCUCUCACCGGGCAUCUCAGUCCAGUUCCAUGGCGACCCUACCGACCAUGGCAGGCCGAGACCGGCAACGCCUCCUCACACUCAUUCGGCCCCUCCCCAAAUGCAACAAUAUCCGAGUCCCCUGAGACAUCACAAGAGAACCCCGUCCUUCCACAGAGAAGUCAAGGAAACCCUCAACGCGAGAUCCGAGUAUCUGGACGACGAUGUCGACGGCUGUUCCCGCCAACGCAUCAACCAGUAUCUGAUCAAGGACGAGAUAGGCCAUGGCUCUUACGGCGCCGUACGUCUGGCCACCGACCAGUUCGGCAAGGAGUAUGCCAUCAAGCAGUUCUCCAAGGCUCAGCUCAGAAGGCGCGCUCAGUCCAACAUCCUACGCCAUGCACCAAGAGGCCCGCGGAACCAGUCCAUCUCUCGCUUUUCAGAGCAGAGGCUUCUUGAGGCCAAGGAUGCCCUCUUUCUCAUUCGGGAGGAGAUCGCCAUCAUGAAGAAGCUGAAUCAUCCCAACCUGGUCCAGCUGUAUGAGGUGUUGGACGAUCCCGAGGAUGAUUCACUCUACAUGGUUCUGGAAAUGUGCAAAAAGGGCGUGGUCAUGAAGAUGGGCAUUCAUGGUUCGGUUGAGCCUUUGCCCGAGGAACAAUGCCGGUUUUGGUUUCGUGAUCUCAUUUUGGGCAUAGAGUAUCUACACUCGCAAGGAGUGAUCCACCGCGAUAUCAAGCCGGACAACCUGCUCCUUACUGAAGACGAUGUCCUCAAGAUCGUCGACUUUGGAGUCUCCGAAAUCUUCCAAAAGACAGAUGAAAUGAAGACCGCCAAGCCUGCAGGCUCACCAGCUUUCUUGCCCCCUGAGUUGUGCGCAAAGCAUGGUGAUGUCUCGGGCAGGGCAGCCGAUAUCUGGUCCAUGGGUGUUACCCUCUAUUGUCUGCGUUACGGCAAGCUUCCCUUCGCCCACGAUAACCAGCUCGACAUGUGGGAAGCAAUCAAGACCGAGGAGCCUCAGUUUCCACCUGACGAGAAACCCGAGUUUCUUGACUUGAUGCAUAAGAUCCUGGAGAAGGACCCGGCUAAAAGGAUUACCAUGCAUGAGCUCAGGGAGCACCCUUGGGUCACCAAGAACGGCCAAGACCCGUUGCUGAGCGAAGAAGAGAAUUGCUCUGAGCCAAUCGAAGUACCCAAUGCUCUCGAAGUCAACCAUGCCGUUACCCGGAGAAUGAGCCACCUGUUCUGUGUGAUGAGAGCAAUCUCGAAAUUUAAGAGCCUCCUCAACCGCAACGGAGCCACGCCCAAAUUUCAAACCCAAACCCUCGAAGUCCACCCUGGCAAAAACGAGCCACAAACAGCAGACAUCAACUUUUCCAACACCAACUUCAAGGACCCUCAAAAUGAGGAAUCCACAGCCGAGUUCGCCAGUCGUAUCCUUGAAGAGCGCCGUCGAUUCUUCAAUCCCACCGGUUCCCGCACCUUUGGCAACGACCGAGCCUUACGCGGGCAGUACAACCUCAGCGGUCCUCUCCAUCCCCUCGCCACCGGAAACCCUUCUCCUUCUUCUACACAACCGUCGUCCACCACCACCGCCACCUCAUCCUCUUCCACCAUUACUUUGACCGACACCACGACCAUCUCAGCGGGUCUAGAGACUUCCGAACAACAACAACAAGAGCAGCAGCAGCAAGCUCAACAGCAACAAAACCAGCAACCCCAACCACCGCCCCAUCUCGGCAUCGGCGUAGGCGGCGACGACACAAGCUUCGCCAUCAACCCCUCCGACCUCCCGCCCGCCGACCACGUCUCCGAGUCGCCCACCAUGGUCGACUUCAACAUCUACGAUAACGCCUUUGAAGCCGAGAUUGAGCGAAUCAAGCGGUCCGCUAGCAUUGGUUCUAUUGGCGGCCGUUGUAGGAAUAGUAAGGCUAAUGAACGAAGAGAGACGGGCACAGGCACGGGAACAACGUUUUAUCACACGCGUUGAAGGUGAGGCAACAUGGGAAACUGCGUGUGUGAGCAAUGAAUUGUUCUAUGGAGGCCUCGCUGUGAUGGGGCAGCGGAAUGAUUCCUAUUUUGGUAUAAU